UUGCUCUUCCGGAUUUUUUUCUGAGGCGGAAACACGUUUUCGCUGGGUCAGUUCACUUCCGGUCUUCCGUCCACAACAUGGCAGCCGCUUCUGAGGGGGCAAAGUUCACAGUGAUCCCGCUCCGAGUCUCCCCCGGGAGCACCGUCUGCCGCCAGCUCUUUGUCAAACAGCACCGGGUCCGCGAUCCCGACCCGCAGCGACCCCAGGAUCGCACCCUGUUUGUCCUCAACCUGCCCCCGUACAUCAACCAGGAGUGUGUGCACAGGUUAUUUUCACAGUGUGGUACUGUCACCUCGGUGGAACUGCAGGAAAAGCCAGGCCCAAGCACCAAAUCUAAGGCCCAGAAGUCAAAGUUCUUCUCACGCCCACUUGCACAGGGUUUCCAGGUGGCCUACGUGGUGUUUAAAAGUUCAGCUGCAGUGAAACAUGCCGUGUCCCUAAAAGCCCAGGAACCCUGGGUCCUGACCACAGCUCAGCACCUGCUCAGGACAGGCGUUCAGAAAUGGGCAGAGGAUUAUUGCUCAAGUAUCACUGACCCCCGGGAAUUACAGGAUCACAUUGAUCAAUUCAUGGAGCAACAUGACCAGGACCAGGCUGAGUUACAGGCAAUGGCAGAAGCUGAAGAGGGUGUCCCAGAUGAGGAUGGCUGGGUGAAGGUGACACGGAGGGGCCGACAUCCCGGGAUCCCACGGACUGAGGCGGCAAACCUACGGCUGGUGCAACGGGAGAAACAGAAACGGGCUCAGAGAGAGCUGCUCAAUUUCUACAGCUGGCAACACCGAGAGGCCAAACGGGAACAUAUCGCUCAGCUUCGGAGGAAAUUUGAGGAGGAUAAACAGAAGAUUGCUCUCAUGAGAGCCCAGCGCAAAUUCAAACCCUAUUGAUGGUCCCACUGCUGCUUUGAGCUUGACACUGUUUGGGGGACAGCUGUUGGUUAUUGAGGGGAUGAGGUGGGGCUCGUUGGCUAUGUUUCUGAAAGUCCAACCUCUGAGUCUGUUCUCAACUGAAAUAGACUUUAGUAUUUCAGAGACAGAACUCAGUGGUAGACAGAUUGGGGUUUAAUACAUGGUGGAUUCUACAGUCAGCCACCAGCAUUGUGUAUUCUCUUUUUCAUUCAUACUGCUGACCAUCAAGCUGUUCCACAUCCUCUGGGUAGCUGACAUUAGGAUUCCUUUACAUACCACCAUGUGUCUUUGUGGACAGUCCACACCUGCUCCUGCAGUAGCCGCCACUAGUCUCUUUCCACCCUCCCACCCCCACCCCAACAACCUAUCAGUCAUUGUGACUAUUUCCACAUGAACGUGAGGUUUAUGUGCUCAAAAACAGCGAGCUCACAGCAAGCUAUAGGCUGGAAUCUAAGCAAGUGGUCAUGUUCUUAAACAGAUUAGCCUCUCAACCUGACAGGAGCUGGGAUCAGAAUGGUUCUGGAUCAAUUUCAGUUCACUUGAUUUGAGUGAGAGCUCUCCCUGUCUGGGAGUUACCUGCUGAUCAAAAUGUUUCCUCUCCACAUUGUAUAUUCUGAAUGUUUUAGUGUUUUGUUCCGAUAACAUAUGGUUUAGAGUUCCUAAGAUUUUUAUAAAUAAAUCCAGCCAUUUCUUAAA